GUGGGGAGAGCCCUCGUCCUGGGCUUUUUAACUUUUCAGGAGGAAUGAGUGGCGGCGGGCAGAGGCAUUUGCUGGCAGCGUCCGGGGGUUUCCUGGCCUGGUUUUCGAGGCCGUGGUUCCAGCUUUACAGUUCUAGUUGCGUCAGGGGCCAAGAAGCUGAGGAGCUUCCCCUUUAAUUGCGGUGGGUGGGGCGCUGCGACGCGCCCGGCGUUGCUAUUGGCGGCGGUUGGGGGCGCGGAAACUGAACCGGCCGCAACGGCCUUCACUCCGCCUCCGGCUUCUCCGGCGCGGGUGGCCGCGCCAGCCCUGCCAUGGCCGCGCCCAGCCUGACCCUGGCUCUCCCCCAGGAGGACCCCUCGCUGGAGAGGCAUUUUAAGGGCCACCGAGAUGCAGUUACCUGUGUGGACUUCAGUCUCAACACGAAGCAACUGGCCAGUGGCUCCAUGGACUCGUGCCUCAUGGUCUGGCACAUGAAGCCCCAGUCACGGGCCUACCGCUUCGCUGGCCACAAGGAUGCCGUCACCUGUGUGAACUUCUCCCCCUCGGGACACCUGCUUGCUUCAGGCUCCCGUGACAAGACCGUCCGCAUCUGGGUACCCAACGUCAAAGGUGAGUCGACUGUGUUCCGUGCCCACACGGCCACUGUGAGGAGCGUCCACUUCUGCAGUGACGGCCAGUCCCUCGUGACGGCCUCUGAUGACAAGACUGUCAAGGUGUGGUCAACUCACCGCCAGAGGUUUCUGUUCUCCCUGAGCCAGCACAUCAACUGGGUCCGCUGUGCCAGGUUCUCCCCUGAUGGGCGGCUCAUCGUGUCUGCCAGUGAUGACAAGACUGUCAAGCUGUGGGACAGAAGCAGCCGGGAGUGUGUCCACUCCUACUGUGAGCACGGCGGCUUCGUCACCUACGUGGACUUCCAUCCCAGUGGUACCUGCAUUGCUGCGGCCGGCAUGGACAACACAGUGAAGGUGUGGGACGUGCGGACUCACCGGCUGUUGCAGCAUUAUCAGUUGCACAGUGCGGCCGUGAACGCCCUCUCCUUCCACCCCACGGGAAACUACCUGAUCACAGCCUCCAGCGACUCAACCCUGAAGAUCCUGGACCUGAUGGAGGGCCGGCUGCUCUACACACUCCACGGGCACCAGGGUCCGGUCACCACUGUUGCCUUUUCAAGAACAGGAGAGUAUUUUGCUUCUGGAGGUUCUGAUGAACAAGUAAUGGUUUGGAAGAGUAACUUUGAUGUUGCUGAUUAUGGAGAAGCCACAAAAGUACAGAGGCCCCCAGCCACGCUGGCCAGCUCUGCUAGGACUUUGGCGGAAACUGGCCUGGACAACAGGAAGCAGCUCGCCCAAGGCCCCCAGCAAGUCAAGGCUGGGCUGAGAAUAGAAGCAGGAAGCCUCCUGAGUCCAUAGUGGGGCUUUCUGUGGCUCCAGCACAUGGACAUCCCCUUCCCCAUGCACACACACUUGCUCUGUUCUCUGUGUUGGGGCUGCCUCUGGGAAUAGGUUGGUUGAGGUUUAUAGUUUCUCUUUUGAUUUUUUAAUUGAAAAAAAAAAAAAAGAGAGAGAGUUUUCUUUAAUGUAUUUAUUUGAGACACAGAGAGAUCAAAUUCCCAUAAUAGCUAAGUCUGGCAUAGGCUGAGGCCAGGAGCCAGGGUCUAGUCUGGUCUCUCACAUGGGUGCAGGGGCCAUCAUCUGCUGUAUUCCCAGGUGCAUUAGCCUGAUAUUUUGGCCAGGAGCUGGAUCAGAAGCAGAGUAGCUGGGAUUUGAACUGGCACUCUGGUAUGGGAUGCCAGCUUUGCAAGUGGUGACAUAACCUGCUGUGCCACAGUGUCGGCUCCAGUUUAGUUCUUCUUCCAAGGGCAGCCGUCCUGGCCUGCCUCCUGGCUGGGAGGCUUUGUUCUCCACACUUGGAUUUGUCAGAGGGUGGCUGAGUUGCACGAUGGUCUGCUUGCUGCCAGUUCAUCUUCCACCUAGAAAGGUAUUUCCAAACCACAGGGCUGGGGACCUCUGCAAGUCAGCCUGACCUCUGGACUCCCUGCCCUCUCCUCUUUGGCACUUAGGGUGAGCCAGGCGUGGCCAAGGCCCUUUACAUGUGCUGCCCUCUUUGUUCCUUGUCAGAAUAAUAGAGUAAAGUCACAGCUCCUGUCUCAGAAGAGACAUUUGGGGCUUACAGACUUGGCGGCCUCUCUGAGCAGGGCUGAUUACCUAAAAACUGCAGGAGGCCCCAGAGGGCAGGGGUGCACUGCCGUCCGCCUGCUGAGUCUGGUUAGCUUCCACCAGCCUGACCAGGGGGAUCCCGCAUGCUUGGUUGAGCUGUCUCUCGCUUCUCAGUCCUGGCUUGGAGAUGGGAUUGGCUUUCCGAGCUGUGGGGGCUGGUAGUCAGGAUGAAGGCAUGUGGAGCAGGUGACGUCACUGGACAGGAUGGCACGUGACUGGGCGAACCACUUGCCAAGACUCAGUGCAGCCACUGGUCCGCACUCUACCUUCAGGACCAUGUUAGAGCUGUUGUCAUGUAGGGCUCAAACAGGGGAGCCGGCUCAGAACCCUGGCUGUGUGAGCCCAGGCAAAGCACCCCUUCAUCCCAAGCCUCUGUUUCCACAGUGGGUCCUGAGGACCCCAUAGACAGGCUGUGAGGACCAGCUAUAACGUAGAUGAGCUCCACUUCCCCACACAGCGACUCAUUAAACUUCCAGUUGUUCUUAGGGGAGAUGGGUUAUUUGUCAUUGUCCCUUGGGGACUCUGAGAGGACACACGGGUCCUCUUCCAGGCCCAUGCCCUCACUAACAGAUGCACACCCUGUGGUGCACACUGGCAGGGCUCCUCUGAUCUUGGGACUCCUGGGCCAAGAGGAGCACUAGGCUCUUUGUGGGUUUGGUUUCUUGUGGUAAAAUGUAGAUAGUAGGCUGGCACCGUGGCUCACCAGGCUAAUCCUCCGCCUGUGGCACUGGCACCCCGGGUUCAAGUUCCAGUUGGGGUGCCGGAUUCUGUCCUGGUUGCUCCUCUUCCAGUCCAGCUCUCUGCUGUGGCCUGGGAAGGCAGUGGAGGAUGGCCCAAGCGCUUGGGCCCUGCACCCGCAUGGGAGAGCAGGAGGAAGCACCUGGCUCCUGGCUUCGGAUCGGCGCAGUGCCAGCCGCAGCAGCCAUUUGGGGGAUGAACCAUCGGAAAGGAAGACCUUUCUCUUGUUUCUCUGUCUCUCAUUGUCUAACUCUGCCUGUCAAAAAAAAAAUUAAAAUAAAAAUAAAAAAUUUAAAAAUGUAUAUAGUGUAAGAUUGACCAUGUUAGCUGCUGAUAGGCGUAUGGCAUGGUGGCAUGAAGUAUAUGCACGUUGGUGGUUGCUGUGCGCCAUGCGCCAUCACCAUCCAUCUCUAGAACUUUUCACCUGCACAGACUGAGAGCUCGUGUUUGUGACCCUAUGCUGUGGUUAGGUUUUCUCCUGAGACAGGAAGGGGAGCUGACGGGUGUGUUCUCGCCCUUCCUGUCAAGGACUUCCCUGGCACAGACUCCAUGGCUGGCCAGGGCGUCUCAGUUCCCCAGGGAGCCAGGAACACAGCAGCUGUGUCCGUGGAGGCCCCCCACCCACCUCUGUCCUCACACCACCCUUCCAGGAACCCAGGCUUGCUCGACCUGGGCCCUGCUGAUAUUUUGGACCGAUCAUUCUUUGUUGUUGGAGGCUGCUGUGUGCCCUGUGUGGUGUUUAGCAGCAUCCCUGGCCUUUGCCCACCAGGUGCUAGAAGCAUGCUGCCCCCUUCCAGCUGUGACAACUCAAAACCGCCUUCAGACGUUGAAAAUGACACUGGGACGUGGGUGGGCGAGAGAAUCACUUGGAUACAAAGCUGGCCUCACAGUGGGGGGAGUGGUUGUGGCUGGCACUGGCUGCUGAGCAGUGAGAGGGGUCUGGACAGAGGCGGAGGACCUGUCAUUCUAGCCCACUUGUGUGUGUAGACUCUGCUCAGUCGGGUCAGCAGCUGUGGCCCAGUUCCUCAGCCUGGGUUUCUGACAGAAGCUUGUUUUGUAGUAAUGUUUGGUGCCAGAUCUGGAGUCUUCUAGAGGUGAUUAUAACAGCAACAGCAAAGGCCUUUUGCCUUUAGCAACUUAGUUUUCUUUACUUAACCUUGGAGUGUGUUCCUUUCCUUCCUGCCCAGAGGUUUCCCUGGCUCUGAGAUAAAAUCUGGAGAGUGGUUUGGUGGCUGACCAGCGUGGCAUGACUUCUCGAAGAGCCUGGGAAUGCUGCAGCCAUGCCCAGGAGCUCGCGAGUCUCAUGGCUUCCUGCGCUUCAGCACCAUCCCCACGCUGGGCUGCAGCCUCUGAGGCUGCCUGAGUGCUCUGAGCACUGAGGAGUUUGAGGAAGCCCAGUGGCUGAAUGUGGCUGUUGGAUUCCAGACCACUUGCCCAUUCUGAUGUGGCAGCUGAAAGACAGAGGGGGCAGACCCAGCAUAGGGCCUCAGCAGGGCUGGGCUGGGAGCCUGUGGCAGUCCCUCGGCCCUGGAAAAGCCCCUGCCCAUGACCCCUCCUCUGUCUGCUGCAUUUCAACGCUGAGCUCUUGGAACGGAGGCUGUCCUUGAGCCCACUCCGCACAGAGCGCUGUUCACUGCAGAGCUAUUUUCAACCUCUGGUUGAAAUUCACAGCUUAUUUUUAGGCACAUUUCAUGUUGAAAAGCAAAAGCCAUUUCCCAGCCAUUCAGAAUGAGAAUAAUGGGUUCCAUUUUCCCUCUAUUCUUGGCUGAGUUGUGCAUGAGGAGGGAUUUCAAGGCUUAUGGCUGGGGAACCUUCUGUGUUUGGAAAGCUGCAGAUGGAGGAUUCCAGGCCACGUUCUGGGCCGAGGGUGGGCAGAGAGCUCUGUGUGCUGCCCGUGAGCUGCUGUGGGCUAGAGGACGGUUGGAGGGGCCCUUGAGGGCAGAUGACUGCCUAGCACAGGGACUUGAGUCGGGGCGAGGGCUGUGUCUGCAGGGGUCUGUGCUCAGCAGUGUUCCCUGCUACAACCUGGCCUUCUCACCCUGCCUGCCCUGAUCCAUCCUCCCGCUGUCUGGGAUAAGGAUCCCUGUGUCUUAGCUGACCUUGGAUGUGGCACCUAUCCAAGCCCCAGCCACCACAGGACAGAUUUCCGCCUCAGCCCCAGGAGCAAUUGUAAGCCAGUGCUAAAUAGCAAGGAUGCAUUCGUCUGGAUUUACUCGUUUUCACCUUCCCUUCAAGUGGCCAAGAGCCCUGUGUGCAGUUGGGAAGGGAAGUUGCACUGGGUGCGGUGGGAGGGGUAGAACACAGAGUUCGAGGUAAUUCAAUGAAACAAAAAAAAAAAAAAAAAAAAAAACCAAAAAAACAAACCACUUCCUGAGCCUCAGGUUGGCUGCCGUCCUGUUCAGACAUUAACCUUGGGGUUUGUCUCCAUUUACCCAUCACGGUCUCACUUUAAAGAGGGAUGCUCACCUGUGGCUUCCGGCCAGCCCAUGAUUGAAUCUUGCCCAUACCUUGCUGGGCUGGGACCCUGGGCGAGGGACGGGCCCUCCGUGAGACCUAGCUUCCUCUUCUGUCGGAUGGGGAGACGGGCCCUCCUCGCGAGAGUUCCUGGGUGGAACGUGCCAAGCAGCACUGGGCACCAUGCCUAGCACAGGGCAAGUGCUCGCCCAGCUGUAGCUAUUUUUAAGUUAUUCUUUUUCUCUCUUCUGUCCCACAGACAGCCAGUCCGGGUGACUGUGUGUUCCAAACCUGCCGUGGUGAGGGACAGCAGGCAAGGUGGGGACAGUUCUGCUUGGGGUGGUUUUGCGUGUUGAGGUGUCUCUGCAGGCCAGUGAGGUUCUUUGCCCCUUGCAGGCGUUAGUUAUGGUGACCAACGCAGCAGGAAAGCAAACCUACGGAGCAGGGUGGAAACAAACCUGCUUUCCUCUCCCCGGCACCCAGCCUGCCACCCCGUGGACUCCUCAGGGCACCAUGCCCACGACCCCGAGUCUCAGUGCUAGAACCGCUGCCUGGAAGAUGCGCCCCAAGUCUGAGGCCCGCUCUGUGGAAGGACACUGUUUCUUCUUCCUGGCUUCUCUGUCCCGAGGGUGGAGUCCUGGCCCCCCCAGCCCAGCCGCCGUCUCUGCUCUGGGCCCUGGCACAGGGAUGGGCUGCACUUAGGGCAUGCCGGGGCCCGGAUUCCUGGCCUGGAGGUUUGUAGCACUAGGUCUUGUCCCCUGCUGAGGACCUGGGGGUCCUGGGUGCCUGCAGUGGCUGCUUGAGAUCUGGAUUCUCACUCCAGGUGCCUUGGGUCAGGAGUCAGAGGCUUGGAAUGGGAAAGAGAAGGGCCCCAUUUCCCUGCCCCUGGUCCAUUUGGGCUGCUGUUAUAAAAUACCAUAGACUAGGUAGCUUAUAAACUUACAGGCGUCUGUUUUUCAAGUUCUCGAGGCAGAGCCGCCCAAGCAAGGCACUGACAGCCUCGUUGUCUGCUAACGGCCUGUUUCCUGGUGCAAGGAUGGCUCUGUCUGGCUCUGUCCUCGCAUGGUGAAGGGUAUCUUCUGUGGGGACACUAAUCUCAGUCAUCAGGGCUCCCCCAUCCUGACCUAAUGACCUCCCAGAGGUCCCACCUCCUCAUCCCGUUACCUUGUGGGUCAGGGUUCUGAUGUAUGAAUUUGGGGGGACACAAGCGUCCAGAUGGUGGCCGAUUUGUUUCCUCUCUGUGGAGAGCAUGGAGGACUCGGGUCUCCAUCGGGAACACAUUUCUGGCCUGGUGUUUGCUUUCAGUGGAUUCGAGGUGGUGCUUAGCAGCAGGGGUGUUGUGGUGGCUUAGAGCAGGUGUGAACCCCAGAUUUGUGUGCCUUAGAGAGGAGCGCCUUCCUUCUCCACUUGAUCUCAAUUCUGGCUCCCAGUUUUUUUCAAGACUGUUAAGAGGGAUAGAGGUGGAGUGCUGGAAUUCCAUCUGCUGCAGGACAGGCGGAAGAUGAUGCUAGGCAGCCACACAACCUGACGGCUAGCUGCAUGGUGGCCACCCUUCCCGGUCAGGGCGUCCCCAGGGGCUGAGGUGUGCCCGGAAGGUGUAAUGGGCUCUUGCUUGGCGUGCACUCUGGCUGAAUAACUGCUGUGGGAACAGGAGUGUCGGGAGAAGCAGGAGAACAGACCCUCUCCCUUAGGGCACUUCCUGCCCAGUUUGGAUGUUGUGAGACUUUAUAGGACCCAGGCGUUGUGGGGUGACUUGGAAAUGGUGGAGAUUUUGUUUUCAUGUUUUUUGGGGACUUACAAGGUGGUACAACUCCCGGGUGCGGCUCCCAGGAGAAAAUUUACUCCUGUCCCCUGUGCCACACAGAGUAGGAGCCUGAGCUAGAGGUCACCUGCUCGUGAGUGGCCUGGGUCCCCGUCCAGCCCAGGACCCUAGGAUUGAGGUGCAGCAAAACUAAGAGAACCUGGAGAAGAGCAAGAGGCACUCUCCCCAUUUCUCAGUGGGAAAGGAACACAACAUUCUCAGCCCCUGGGACAGAAAUCUGAGCCUCCCUUGGUGAGUGUGUGUGUGUGUGUGUGUGUGUGUCUGCAUGUGUGUACACAUACCUAGACCCCUGGCAGCGCUCCUCAGGGGCCCCUGGUGUUCACAGUCCCAGCACCUUGGGUCAAGUUUGAUUCUCCACCACCCAUCCCUGUUAUCCCCUGCAUUCCUGUUCUGUGGGUCAUCUCUACAAUACAUGGGCUGUCCUGGGGCUGGACACAGGGCAUUGAAUGGCAGGGCACCUGGCUGACCAGACACCUUCCUGGGAAGAGGACAGGAAUCCUUCAAGAAUGGCUGCCCUGGAAAGGAUUCUGACCCACUAGCAAGAUGGAAGAUAGCAGAAACUUGUGGCACUGGGAGCCACACUAAGAUCUUGGUUGGCAGUGAGAGCUGCACUGCCGCUGUGUGUUGGUCUGAGCCGUGGCUGGCGCCCAGCCCACUUUGGCCUGUCCCUCCUGUAACCUCAGGCAGGCCGUGUUGACUCUUCCCCACCAGUGUGCAUUGCGUGCUUUGGGCAUUUUCCAUUUCAUGGCUCAUUCUGCAGAAGAGCAUCCCUGACAGCCUUUGCUACUUGAGGAGCAGAGUCCCGCAGGCCAGUUGCCUUACUUCCUGCUCAGCGUGCAUUUUACCACUUUGCCUGGAUGGAAGUCCUGGAAAGUGUUCUGGGUUUCUUGGUUUCAGUGGGAAGAAAAAGGAUGCUAGAAAUAAAGAAGAUUGCUUAUUUGUUAUCAAAGUACAAUUUUUAAGGAAGUUUCCUGCUCGCAGUAGGGGGUCCUUGGACGGUAGCUGGGCAAGAUCCAAGAGCACCAAGGAUUCCAGUGCUCCUCCUGCCACGGGGCCUACCCAGGCCUGGGGCAGGACCCUGUCUCCUUUUCCUCCCAGAGGCCACCCCUGACUGUGCUGCCAGGCACGAUGAAUAAUAACUGUUCCCUGCAAGGGAGGAGCUGCCUGUGACGAGCCUGAGGACAGUGUUUGCGGAACCCCAUCAGGAGAUGUUGGCUGGUGAAGAGACCAACACUCACGAUGGUUCUCGCACACUCACCCUACGGGUCUGGGCCCCAUCCGCAGGUUAUCUGACUCAGUGGGGAAUUUGUAUUUCUGACAAAGUCCUAGGGGCCUGAUUUGAGAACUGCCAGUCUGUGUGAAAAGCCUAGCCUGUUGUGACCUUGGCAGCAGGGAAGAAGAGAGCCUGAAUCUGGAGAGAGAUGAUUGGAGAAUCCGUGUCCCUCUCCGCCCGCAGUAGUCUGCUGCUUCCCAGAAGAGGACAAGGGUGUGGCCUGGUUCUGCUCUCUGUGCAGUGCUGAAAGACAUGUCAGUGCUGCCCCAUGGACCGUUUAAACCAAAAGGCACCUGCCAGGCUCUGUUCAAAACCAGGCAGGCAGCCAUGGUUACUCCCAGCAAAGGAUGUGAGUAAAAAGGAUGACAGAACUUGCUGCAGCCCUGCCAUGGGUCUCUGCUGGGUCUGUCAUCCCAUCUCAGCCUUUUCUACCUGUUCCCACUGCUGCCAUUAAUCUGUUUGCCCUUUCUUGAGUCCACAUUCUCUGGCCACCUGUCUCCUGCAUUGUCCUUGCUGUCUCUCAUGCUGUCUCUGUUGUCUGGGUCAGCUCCUGUCCUCCAGAGACUCUACUGGACUUUAGGCUGGCUGAUAGCUGAGUCUGACACCCGAGCAGCAGACAGCCAGGGUGUUUGUGUCUCAGUAUUCAGUGCCUACAGGUAGCAAGAGCAGGGACAAGCCCUGAAACAACAGUGACAGGGGCUGGUGGUGAUUUCCUGUCACUGGAAAAUCCCCAUCUUGUCCACAAGCAAGUAGUUCCCUGUCCAGGGGAGAGUUGCAUGAUGGGAGGAAGGAGGCCUGUUGAAUGGGAGGUGUGUUCUCUGACAUCCAGAGCAAGGCAUGUUAAGACAGUCACAGCAUCAUGAGGAUGGAGGAAGGCGACUCAGGAAUCCAGACCGUAGGUCCAGCUCUGUGUGCGUUGGGACACAGCUGGCAUGAAACCUGGCCACACACAUCCCUUGGAGAGCUGUGUCACCUCUUUGAAGAGUCCCAGAACUAUUUGGGGGUUUCCUUUCCCCUGGAAGCCAAGCUUAGUUUCCAGGUUCUCGACGAUUCUACAUCUGCAUGUGAAGAAAUGAGUCUGGAUGGGAGGACAGAGGACAGAGGGGUCUCUACUUUGGGAGCUUUGCUGCAAGGCACAUGGGACCCGGGCACAGCCAGGCUGCAUGCCACUUAGCAUCUGUCAUUUCAGCCACGGGGGCCCCCGCUGUGACACUGCCAUCUUGCUGGUGGCACUGCCGAGCCAUCUGCAGCCCAUCAGCCCACGCUGAUGGGUCGUUCUACACAUGAGAUCCCACAGGGCCACAGAAGAGCCUCGCACCAGUUGUGUGGUGCAAAACAGGGGCAGGCAAAAAUUGAGGCCUUUGGCCCAUGAGAUGCUCUCCUUUUUAAUUUCCCCCUUUGUUCCAUUCCAUUUUUUAAGCCCAGAAACCUGAAAGUACAAGACUUGAGCCACACGUAGAGAUACACUCUAUUGCUUAAUCUGACUGUGAUUCUCUGGGCCGCUGUCCCCUGUUCCCAGUAGAGUUACAUUUAUCCUUUCAGUCUCUUUCCAAACGGUACCUCUUCCACACAGCCCUCCUGGAAGCCAGCAGACUGAGUUCCUCCUUCCCCUCCUAUCUCGAGUAGAAGCACCCUGCUCCCUGGAGUGGCCCCUCUCUCGUUGCCAGUUAUUUGCAGGUCUAACUUGUCUCCCGGGUGGCUGGGCCCCUGCUCUGCCCACGGUGUCCAGCAUGUGCCUGGGGCCUGGAAUGCCAGGAGGACAUGUGCCUUGCUGCCUGUGAGGCUGCAGGCAGGCUGUGACUCUCCUGUUGGCAUUCCUGAAGGUCCCAGACUAAAUGCAGGAAGCCAGUUUUUGUCCUCGUUUGUCAGUUUGGCAGCACGCGGCAUGGGGUGAUAGGGGCAGUGACCGGGCAACAGAGGGAGGCAGAAGCUGCGUGCCUGGACUCGAGUUUCAGAACUUCUUUCCAUUUUAAAUGGAAAAAAAACCCUUUGCAGUUUAUAUUUUCCAGAUUGGAUAGCAGCAUUGCCCAUGUGGUGUAAGGGUGUUGGAUAGUGCCUGUGUUUAUGUUCUUAUUGGUUACCAUGGAAAAAAAUCAGAAUAGAUGGUUUCCAUGGAGAUUAUCUUACAAUUAGUUUCUUUGAAGGCCUGGACAUUGCUGCAGGGUUCACUGAAUACUCUCGAUGCCAUCAGAGGCUUUCUCUGUGGCAGUGCCAAAGGCUGGUCAGAACCUUGCUUGGACCCAGACAGGGCCAUCCGCCUUCUGUGCCUGCAGAUCCCUGGACCCCAGCGUGGCGGCGAUCUUGUGGCUCAGCUUCCUGCCGGGGUCCCCUCGCCUGGCCUCAGCUACACAACUCAUUCCAGUCAUUGGGAAGCUCUCUUUUCUUUUUAAUUAAAACAAAACAAAAACCUUUGUAUUGGGGAAAUUUUCAAGCUGGCACAAAGACUAGGAUAAUGUAACAAGUCCCCAUGUGCCCCUCAUCUCACUUCAAUGUUUUGCCAAUCUUUAUUUUAUCUGUCUACCCUCCACAUUUUUUAGAAGAGUUAAGAUUAUUUUUAAUCCGAGAUACAUCAUUAUACCCUAAAUAAGGACUUUUCUUAGUUAUGUAAUGGCAACCUUAUCACACCCAGCAAAAUUAAUAAUUCCCUCAUAUCGAAUUCCUAGUCCAUCUUCACAUUUUCCAACCUGUGUCCAGAUCAUUGUUUAGUGCUUUUUGUUCAAAUCAGGAUGUGGGGAGUGUUGAAAAAAAUCACACAUCCCCUACCGCUGCCAUGGUUCUGCGGCGUGGAGGGGUUGAGGACUCUGGCCUGGGAUAGGGGCAGCUUCCGGCUCACACCGCCCUCCCACUGUCUUCAGGGAGAGCCUGGUGUAGGAGCUUCUUUUUGCUUCCUGGAGAUGUGUUGGGCUGGUGGGCCACUGCCCGCUGUCCUGGACAGCCAUCCACAGGGGGGCGCUGGCCCUCUUUGAAGCCUGCUGGGGAGGGUAAUGUGACCUUGAUUCACAGCUGCUGUCCGUAACUUCAUCUUCCAGGAAAGGAGAGCCUGGGAGACCCUGUGGGGCACAUAGCCUCCCAGGAUUCCUCCCUGGAAGCCUGGGGCUCCUAGUGAAGGCUGUGGCCCUCUGAGGCUUGCUGCCUCCGCGGCCUGGGCUGAGCCAGUCCUGGUGAUCUGUCUUGGCAGGCUUUGCUGGUGUCCUGUGAUGCUGCACAAAAUAUGAAUUACCGAGCUUGGGAGUACUGCCCGGGGUGUGGUUGGUGGCUCCAACACUCUCCAUUGAACUAAGUGCAAGCAGGGUUUAAAAUAGCCAGCCUUUGUUCCCCGAGGUUUUAAAAAUUCAACUCCAGUAGUUACAAUGAGCUGUCUUCAAGUGGAUCUAUAAAUAAACCGCUACUGUUCCUCUUUGUCACCGAGAGCUUCAGCGUCUUCCAGAGAUGCCGGCUCUGCCGCUCGUCUUUAUUAGAUGCCGCUCAUCUGUGGGGCAGCUGCAGCCAUCAGCAAGCGAGGCUGACACACAGGCUUCAUGACAGCAACACACUCCCUUUUGCUUUUUAAGAUUAAUGUAUUUGAAAGAGCAACAGAGAUAGAAGGCGAGACAGAGGUAGAGAUCUCCCAUCUGCUAGUUUACUCCCCCAAUAACCCUGACAGCCAGGGCUGGGCCAAGCCAAAUCCAGGAGCCUGGAUCCAUCCAAGGGCUUGGGCCAUCAUCCACUGCCUUCCCAGACGCAUUAACAGGAAGCUGGAUUAGAAGCAGAGAACCCAGGCCGGCGCUGCGGCUCACUAGGCUAAUCCUCCACCUGCGGCACUGGCACCCCGGGUUGGGGCGCCAGUUCUGUCCCGCUUGCUCCUCUUCCAGUCCAGCUCUCUGCUGUAGCCAGGGAGUGCAGUGGAGGAUGGCCCAAGUGCUUGGGCCCUGCACCCGCAUGGGAGACCAGGAGGAAGCUCCUGGCUUUGGAUCACGCCGGCCGUAGCAGUCAUUUGGGGGGUGAACCAACAGAAGGAAGACCUUUCUCUCUGUUUCUCUCUCUCACUGUCUAACUCUGCCUGUCAAAAAAAAAAAAAAAAAAUCAUAACCUGGGGCAGGCAUUUGGUCUAGCGGUUAAGAAGCUGACCGAGAGGCCGGUGUCGCAUAUAGGAGAGCCUGGGUUUGUUGCCAGGCCCUGGCUCCAGCUCCUGACUCCAGCUUCCUGUUAAUGCAGACUCUGGGAGGCAGCAGUAAUGGCUUGAGUGAUUGGGUUCCCGCUACCUGUGUGGGGAGAACUGGGUUGGGUUCCUAACUCCUGGAUUCAGCCUGGCCCAGCCCUUGUUCUGGCAGGCAUUUGUGGAAUGCACCAGUGGAUAGGAGAUCUCUGUUUGUCUCUCAAAAAUUUAACAAAUAAUUAUAACUUGAACCCAAUCAUGUGAAACAUCAGAUAGACUCAAAUUGAGGGACAUUUGACAAAGCAACCAAAAUUCUGCAGAAGUGUGAAGCUCAGAAAGACAGGGAGGACUGAGGAACUGACGCAGAUUGCAAGUGGAUAAAUAAGUACUGAAGUGCGACAUGUGGGUGGACGUUUGGUAUAGCACCUAGGACGUCACUCGGGACCCCCGCAUCCCGUGUUGGACUAUCUGGGUUUGAGUGAAGGAGUGAAGGCCCCAUUUUCAGUUCCGGCUUCCUGUUAACGUACACCUGGGAGGCAGCAGUGAUGACUCACUAGCUAGGUUCCUGCCACCGCUGUGGGAACCUGGAUGGAGUUCAUAGCUCCUGGCUUUGGUCUGUCCCAGCCCUGACUGUUGUAGAUAUUUGGAGGGGGUGAACCAGAGAAUGGCAGAUGUGGGUUUCUGGGUCUCUGCCUUUCAGAAAAAUACAUACAUGUACACACAAAUGCAUGCAUGCAGCGUGAAACCCUAGGCGUGCCUCGAAACGUGGGAUCAGGAGACAUGGUCGAAGUGCUGCUGAGCACCAGUGCAGUCCCGCCUUGAGCGGAUGGUGUUUUCCCGUGUUAAUUUCUGGUCUGAUCAUUGUCUAAUUGUUAUGUAAGAUGUUAACACUGGGAGAGGGAUAUAUGGAAAUUCUCUGUACUAUUUUUUGCAACUUUUCUCCAAGUCUAAAAUUAGUUCAAAGCAGUUUAAUUUAAAAAGAAAAAAAAAACUGCAGUCAAUACUAGGGCUUUAUCAGAAUCCUUGAUUUUCUCCCUCUCCAGGUACCUGGGUUUAGGUAUUUGCUAUGGGGAGGGGGGCCACUUCUGGCUCCAGGUAGAGAGCAGGUAACCCUACGUACGGUACUCUGCGCCAGCCGGUACUGGGCCCGUGGGACGUUUGUGGAACUGAACUGAGCAAGAGCUGCCCAGAGAAAGCAUGUGCAUAUGCAGAGGGGUCACUCCAACACAGGUGUUGGUCCCCAGCGCGGCCCCACAGGGUGGCAUCGCCUGCUUGUCUGUGUCGUCCUUUGUGAAGCUGCUGCUGCGACAUGUCUGCUCCAGAAGCGCCAGGGUGGGCUGACAGCAGGAAUGUGGACCUGGCCAGGGUGGGCCAACCUCCCGCUAAGGCUUCCAUGGGACUCCACCUCCCAUCCCGCCUACCCUGACCCUUCUUUGUGCACGUUUUGCUGGCUGUGGUAGGCAUGAGGACUUGGAGAGCUUCAGCCCUCAAGGUGUAGGAAUUGCUUUCCUUUCUUAAACUUUCCUCCUCCGUGCCGCCUUGCUGCGCGAAGGGCUUGAGUGCUUGUGUCUCCCGACCUCCACCAGCUGGAGACGGCUUAGCCUUCCGCUUCCAGUGUCCUCACGUUCCCGUCUCCUUCCCACUUCCUUCAGUAAGACAGACCUUCAGUCAGCUCACUCUGUCUCCUGGACGCAUAUUCGGACACUGACCGGAUUGCCACUGCCAGCCUACCAAGGCAGCCUUUCCCUCUUGUGUGUGGGGAGCACUUGGAACCCUUGCAGAGUGAGGCAAGAGACUUAGCAGAUUGCUAGGAGUUGAGCCUCAGAGUGGCUGUCCCAGCUCUAGAGUGGGGCCUUGGUGUGAGGAGAGUAGGGAUUCCUGGUCUGGGUAUUUAAACACCCACGUGCCCAUAGGCCUGUGAACAACACAGGUAUAAUAUGAUGACCAAGGUACCUGUGGUCCUGCCUGGAAGGGGUGCCGUGAGAGGAGAGUGUGCACCACACUGCCCCAUGUCCUGGGCCCCCGGCACUGGGGGCAGGCACAAGGAGCCCUCGUCCUCCAUUUCAGACCCGCCCUUCAACUCCUGCACAACUCUUAGUCCAGAGAACCCCACGUUGGUUUCUGAUUGGAGUCGAGGUGGUUUUGAGACCUGGUGGUGAUGUGUAGUUGGAGAGGGCCUGAUUCGGUUCAGAGGCUGCCAUGUGUCGGUCCUUGGGCCCUGCCUCCCUGCGUCCUGAGUCUCUGGGCAUUCACAGAUGAGCCAGCACCGUGCCAUCAUCAGAGCCCGGCAUGGGGAGUGUGCACAGGCGCUAUGCGGCUCACACUCCAGACGCUAGCCAGCGGCAGUAACCAGACCCCGUACUCCUGCUCAGCCUGCUUUGGAGGAACGUUGGCAAGACUGCCAAACAAUUAGAUGAUUUUAAGAAACCAAAAUUCCUCUGGGGUUCAGGGCUAUGUUUAGAACCAGAAGUUUCCUCUCUUGCUAGAUUCCAGGCCAGAACCCUAAAUUAUAGGGCAAGUGAGGCUGUAGUGUAUCUGAUCUGCAAAUAUGGAUAAUAAAUAUGGUACCAGGUUUCUUUUUGAGCUUUUUUUUUUUUUUUAAAGAUUCUUUGUUUUUAUGUAUUUAUUUGAAAGGCAGAGUUACAGGGAGAGGAAGAGAGGCAAAGAGACAAUCUACCUGCUGGUUCCCUCCCCAGAUGGCUACAGCAGCCAGAGCUUGUCCAGGUGAAAGCGGGAGCGUCUCCGGUGGCAGGGGCCCAAACACUCGGGCCAUCCUCCACCACUUUCCCAGGCGCACGUGAGCAGGGACCUGGGCUGGAAGUGGAACAGCCAGGACUCGAACUGGUGCUCACGUGGGAUGCUGGUGUCAUGGGUGGUAGCUUAAACUGCUGCACCUUUUUUGAGCUUUGAUUUGCAAAAAUGGCCCUGCCUUUUCCAACUUGAGAAGUUGGAUGUGAGGCGGAGCCCAGGUGAGCUCUGUGCUGUUGUGUGCUUCCCUUUGCUGGGCCGGGUUUUGCAGAAUGGAUGCCUGGUAGUGUUUCAUGACGGCAGGGUGUCGAAACCAAGGGCCUGAGAUCAGGACCAGGAAGCUUCUGUUUCCUCACUUAGCAGAUGGCUGUGCGGUGAUCAGUUGAAAAACUUUAGUCCUAGGUUGUUUUCCUUCUUCCAGUUUUGCCCUCAGCCCUGCUUUGGAAAUGUGGUGAUGUGCUUUGGUGUGUUUAGGUGGACAGUGGCCAGACAGGCUGCCUACCUUGGUCUGUAUAAGAAAGUCACCCAGGGAGACAGCCAAGCUCUUGGUCCCAGUUCACCUGCUUCUUCCCUCCCUGGCCUAACUCAAGUCAUAGAGCAGUUCUUGGACCCUUUUGUCCAUUUUUAGUUUGAGGAGCAGGCCAGGUCCAGUGUUAGAGAUGAAAAGGAGAAAUUUCCACCUUGAGCAGGUGUUAAUAAUUGUCCACUCUACCUGCCAGAGGGGAUUCUGUCCGGUCAGCUCACAGUGUCUUAUGGUCAAGUUCCGGCUGCUGCUGGCUGCUGGCCGGCCAUGUGCAGACCUUGCUCCCAGCUCGGGCUGUGGAUGGACCCUGAGCCCCUGAGGCCUGGGAAACUGUGGCUCUGUCAGAUUCCACGGGGCAGAUUGAAGCUUUGAGGAUUGAGCUGCACUGAAACAUGACCGUCUGGCCUUCUGCAUUUGGAAGCUGACUCCCAGACCAGUGGUGGACCUCAGGGACCUGACCUGCAGUCUUCAGCCUUGGGUUUGGCUUGUUGAUCGCACCCCGUGGAGAGGUGGUCAUUUUCACCUUGUGCGCAGAGUAUCAGUGCUGGAUAGGUCGUGCUCCUGCGAGUGUUGCAGUUGCAUGUUUUUUUGGCCAACCUUUACAAUUUACAGAUAAUAGUAUUUAUUAUUUUUAAAAGCAAACUAUUCUAUAACUUGAAUUUUUAAAAAAUGUAUUUGAGAGACAGAGAGAGAGAAAGCGUGUGAGCAUGAGAGAACAAGCAGUCCCAUCUUCUGCUUUACUCCCCAAACUCCUCUGACACCUGUGGUUGGACCAAAGCUGAAGCUGGGAGCUGGGGACUCACUCCAGGUUUCCUGUGGGUGACAGGGACAUAACCACUCGAGCCAUCACUGCCACCUUCCAGGAUCUACAGUAGCAGGAAACUGGAGUCAAGAGUAAGGUGGGUACCAAACCCAGACACUGCUAGGGGACAUGGGAUCUUAACCCAGUGUCUUAGCCACUUGGCCAAAUGCCUGUCCCAGUUCUGUACAUUUUGACACACAGAUACAGUCAUGUAACCACCAUCAAGGUAAGGAAGAUUUCCAUCAUUCCAGAAACUUCUCUAUGCUGCUUUGUAGUCAGUCCACUUGUUUCACCUCUAGUCCCAGCAACCACUAAUUUGCUUUCUGUCACUAUUCCUGGUUUGUAGUGUUUGAAAUUUGGUAUAAAUGGAAUUAUAUAGGCAUGUAGUCUUUUUUUUUUUUUUUUUUUUUGACAGGCAGAGUGGACAGAGAGAGACAGAGAGAAAGGUCUUCCUUUGCCGUUGGUUCACCCUCCAAUGGCUGCCGUGGCUGGCGCGCUGCGCUGAUCCAAUGGCAGGAGCCAGGUGCUUCUCCUGGUCUCCCAUGGGGUGCAGGGCCCAAGCACUUGGGUCAUCCUCCACUGCACUCCCUGGCCACAGCAGAGAGCUGGCCUGGAAGAGGGGCAACCGGGACAGAAUCCGGCGCCCUGACUGGGACUAGAACCCAGUGUGCUGGCGCCAAAGGCGGAGGAUUAGCCUAGUGAGCCGCGGCGCCAGCCAGGCAUGUAGUCUUUUCAGUCUGGUUUCUUUCACUCAGCCCAAUUAUUUUGUGAUUGGCCUGUGUUGUUAACAUAUCCAUGUUUCACUCUUCUUUUCUGCUGUGUGAAUGGAGGUACCACAGCUUGUUUAUUGGUAAACAUUUGGGUUAUUUUGGGAUUUUGUCCAUUACAAAUAAAACUGCUGUGCAUUUUCAAAUACAUGUUUUUCUAUGGGCAUUUGCUUUUUAUUUUCUUGGUAAAUAUCGAGGAGUGAAGAAGUAGCUGGGGCCUUUGUAGGGAGGUAUUUAACCUUUUAACUGUCCAACUGUUUGUUUUUUUUUUUUUUAAGAUUCUUUUUUUUUUUU